AUGUUUUCUAUUUUGUUACAAAUUUCUGUGAUAUUUGCAGCCGCAACUGCAAGUCUGGCCCCUACUAUAGAAUUGAACGAUGGGAACCAUAUACCUGUGGUAGCUUUUGGUACUUUUGGAAGGGUAAAAGAGGUAUACCGAAUAAAACCAGCGGUGAUACAUGCCAUCGAGACUGGAUAUCGACACAUCGAUACAGCGGCUAUAUAUCGAAAUGAGGAACAAGUAGGCGAAGCAAUCGCUGAGGUGAUUAACCGUGGAAUAGUCAAGAGAGAAGAUCUGUGGAUUACUACGAAGAUUUCUCCUUCUAUUACAACGAGAGAAGAUGUAGUCCCGGCUAUCAAGGAAUCUCUACAAAAGUUAAAAUUAGACUACGUCGACUUAUACUUGAUACAUUAUCCAAGUUUUAGUAACACAUCAAAUCAUGAUUAUCUUAAUGUUUGGCAAGGUUUGGAAGAUGUACAGAAGUUAAAUCUGACUAGAUCUAUUGGCGUGUCUAACUUUAACAAAGAUCAUAUAGACCAAGUAUUAGCCAUUUCCAAUACGGUACCAUCUAUAAAUCAAAUCGAGGUUCAUCCUUUUUACAAUAAUUUGGAAGUAGUACAAUAUAGUCAAAGUUUAAACAUAACUAUAAUGUCAUACGCAAAUUUCGGAUUCAUGGUGCCCAGACCAUGGUUGGAAGAAGUACCGUACCAAACCUUGGAAGAACCGAUAUUAAGGCAAUUGGCACGGAAAUAUGAAAAAUUGCCAAGUCAAAUCGCAUUGAGAUAUUUGCUUGAUCGCGGGACAAUAGCGAUUCCGAGAUCGACGAACACGAAACAUAUCGAGAUAAAUAUAGAUAUAUUAGAUUUCGAACUGACUGAAGAAGAAAUUAAAUUGAUCAACGAACUUAGGCAAGAGGAUAAAGUGUAUUCGUUCGAUCCCGAAAUUUUACCAGCGUUUAAUGAUUACUUCGGCUUAAAUUAAUGUUUACUUUUUUAUGUGCUUAACCCUCCUAUGUAUUGUGAAGUAUUUCUUUGAGAACCAUUCUAAGUCACACACGAAAGUAAACAGUAUUUAAACUGUA